CACUUCAUUAGUCACCCAAAUUGGCAAAUUCCAUACUUUACAAUAGUUAUAAAAAGUUACUUAAAAAGAUUACUCCUCUUUCUCAUAAAUAAAAAAAAAUACUCGAUAUUUUUUCAAUUUACUUUUCUUUAAUUUUAAAAAAUCAUCUACCUUUUCAAUUUAUUCCCUCUUGUCAAAAAUUAAGUCUUCAUUCACCCAACUUUUCCACCUAAAAAAAAUCGCCAAUUUCCACCUUCAUUUUCUUCACUCACUCACAAAAAACACACCAACAACAAUAAUAUCUCAACAACCACAACCGCCGCCUCCGCCAUUGAUAGAUCUCGAAGCUCCAUCAAUGGCGUCUUCUUCCUUAACAUCACAACUCCGUUAUUCCCCACUUUCUUCUUCCCCUCGUCAAUUCUCUCCUUUCUCAUCCAAUCGCCUUUCUUCUCCAAAUUCCUUCUCUUACCCUCUCAAUCAAACCCCCAAUCUCCGAUUAUCUUCCUCCUCUGAUAAUCUCCCUCACCUGUGCUUCGCCUCCAAUGGCGGCGACGGCGGCGCGGGAUUCAUCGGCGGUAAUGGCGGCGGAAAAGGAGGAAAUUGGAACUCCGGCGAUGGCGGAGAUUCAUUCUCUGAGUCCAACGAUGGAAAUGAAAACUCGUCGUUUUGGGAGAAUCUAGGGUUGAUUGGAAUUUUCAUCAAAGGGUGGAAAUCUAGGGUUUUAGCCGAUCCUCAAUUUCCAUUCAAAGUAUUAAUGGAAGAACUUGUUGGUGUUACAUCUUGCGUAAUUGGGGAUAUGGCAUCUCGCCCUAAUUUCGGUCUCAACGAACUCGAUUUCGUUUUCUCAACAUUGGUUGUUGGAUCGAUUUUGAAUUUUACCCUAAUGUAUCUAUUAGCUCCUACUGCUGCUUCUGCUUCAUCUUCGUUACCCUCGAUUUUCGCGGGUUGCCCGAAUAGUCACAUGUUUGAGCCCGGAUCAUUCGGGCUCAUGGCCCGUUGCGGCACCUUCGUGUACAAGGGUGCAAUCUUCGCUGCAGUUGGUUUUGCUGCUGGAUUGGUUGGAACUGCGAUGUCUAAUGGAUUGAUCGCAAUCAAAAAGAAGAUGGACCCUGGUUUCGAAACCCCGAAUAAGGCGCCUCCUACGCUGUUGAAUGCUGUUACGUGGGCGCUUCAUAUGGGGUUGAGUAGCAACUUGAGGUAUCAGACUUUGAAUGGGGUUGAGUUUUUGUUGGCGAAGGCGACGUCGCCGGUUGUUUUUAAGUCGUCUGUUGUUGUUCUGAGGUGUUUGAAUAAUGUGCUUGGUGGGAUGUCUUUUGUUGUGUUGGCACGGUUGACUGGCUCGCAGAGUGUGACACCCGCGGCCGCGGCCAUGGGUUCUGGUUUGGAUGAUGGGGAUGAGAAGGAGAAGGAGAAGGAGAAGUUGGUUGCCAAUUAGUCGACUAUUAAUGGUAUAAUCUGCUGUUAAUGGUAUAAUAUGCUGUUAAUGGUUAAGUGUUUUGCAGUAUUAACAGUUGAAUUUUUACAGUUGGAUGAAUUGAGGAAGAUGAUUAUAAUAAUCAGUGAUUGCUAAUGUGUUUGUCAUAUGACAAUUUAUCUUUCUCUGAGGAUUUGGUUGUUUUUUUUGCUAGUGCUGCGAAUAAACUUGGGUUUUGGUUAGUGCUAUGGUAGGUUUCUUUUGUAGAAUAAGCAUUGAACAAUAAGUUAGUACACCAGUACAAAUCAGCUGAGCUUGGUUUCUGUUAUUUCGCUUUCGGAUUUUACUGUAGAUGUUCUUAUUAUCUGAGUAGUAAUCAUCGUUUGGUUGAUUGCUUCUCAUGAAGCUGUAAUUCUGACGAUCAUACCAAUGUAUUGCAAGGAAUAAUUUCUGUUCAUUGUUGCGUUUAUUAGAGAAAUUCAUCAAUCAUCAAUAGUGGUAUUUUUAUAGAAACCUAUUU